AUGAAAGGUUAAGUACAUACAGUUGAUAAGCACUUAUCCAUUACUGUGUCGCUAUUACAUUUUGCGUUCGAGGUCAUCUUUAAGAUGUGAUUUAGUUAAAUAAAAGUAAAUUGUAUUUUGUUUAUACGAUAUAGUAUUAACACACCAAUGUUAUGAAUAUUUUUGUAUUUGGGUAUGUUUCAUAUGACAUUCUCCGCGUAAAAUUGUAGUUUUAUUUCUAACAAUAAAAAAUUUUAUGAACUAAGUAUCGAACAAAACUUCCGAGAUAUUAUGGGGAGUGUGUUGCUAAUGCAAACAUACUAUGCUGUAAAAUAUUACUUCCAUAAUACGGCGUCAUCGAUUGAUUUAUAACUUGUCUAGCCAAUUAUACAUCUUAACUAUAUUGCAUAAAUCAUUAGUGUAUUGAAAUUAAGAAAAUUAUACUGCCAAGAAACGCAAAAAAUGGACAGAGUUAAAAAUAAGUGAAUAGGUUUGGCGCUGAUGAAAAAAAUAUGAAAUAAAUGGUUGGAUUUUAUUUAGUGUAUCUUCAAGCGAAAAAAGAAUAUUAGCUAUGAAUACAUCAGGAGCUUUGCCUAUUGAUGUGACAGUAGAUGGUCGUAGACACAGUCACCAAGUUGAAGGAUCCACAAUUUCUGAAAAGCCGAAUUCAACAGCAUAUAAUUGUGAUGAUAUUAAACGAUAUAGUAGAUUAAAUCUUUUCGAUCUCCGUAAUGGAUUACAAUCUCGACGUCGUCCUGAGUCUGGUAUACGAGCUGGACUGCAAUCCCUCGGAAUAUGGAAAUUUAAUAAUGGGGGCAACGCACAUCAAAAUAGUGUCAAUACAAGCAGGGAAGGAAAUGGUAUAUCUAACAGUACCUGUGGCGCAAGCCAUUCAAUGCAAAUGUCUACACACUCAAGUGUGCGAUCUCAACGAUCUCCUUCACGACGGGAUCUCAAUGCUGUUAGUGUUUCAAAUUCAUCUUUGCAACACAAUUUACCCCAUCACAAUCUAAAUAAAAACUUCAUAGACCAUCGCAGCAUUUCUUCAUCCCAUCUCAUGCCCGCAUUUGCGAAAAGACGUUUAGCAGCAUCAACAAAUAACGUAACAGGAGUUGGUUUUCAAAAUUUACCUGGUAGUGGAAAUUUAUGUUAUGAUUCUAAUUCACGCUCCCAAACGCCAACGGACAUUAAAGAUGUUUUGAAUUUAAAUGGUAUCAGUAUCGCAAGUAACGGUCACGUACGGCAGCGCACUCAAGGCCAAUUAUACGAUUAUCCUCAUCGCGGAAACAGUAGUGAUGUCCACAACACAUAUUUAUCCCCUCAAAAAAAAAAACAUGAGUAUGAUCGAGACCGAGAUAUGGAGCUACAGUCAAAUAAUGGUAGGUUAUCCUCUCCUGUAACAUUAGGCUCUUCCAGACAAAGUGGAGUUUCGAAUGAACGACGCAUCGGUAGCGGACGAUUACUACCACGGGACGUUAACUGGGAUUUUCAUACUACGCAAGACAGAGACAAAACUCAAAACAUGAGCAAUGUUUCAACAGCAGAGAAAGAAAUAGUGGGAUCCAAUUCUUUAAUUCAGUUUCGAAGUGGUGUGCGGUAUUCAGAUCGGCAGUAUGACAGAAUUGCGGGUGGCAACGAAUACAUAGAUCGACGUCAUUUGGAGCGCAGAAGUGGUGAUGAAAAUUUUCGAGAGAAAUAUGAAUACAUGGAUAAUACUCACUCACCUAGUUUUCAUGGCAGCAGUACAAAGAGAGAUUUUUAUGGGGCAGAUGCAUCUUUAAGCCAGCAUACUAAUCACAAUCGUAAUAGGCGCAAUCAUCAUUAUAACGAUAGAAACGAAGAACCUGAAUGGUUUAGUAGUGGUCCAACGUCACAGCACGAUACAAUCGAGUUGCGCGGAUUCGAAGAAAUUGAUGAUCAUUAUAAAAGUAAUGCUAUUGCAGUCAAUGGACCCGUCAAACGAGCAAAUUUUGCAUCAUCCCGAAAAGUAAGCGAAAAUUCUUCAUCACUUGCGGACAGCAUAUUGAAUUUAUCUAAAUCGAAAUCACGAGAAGAACUUCAAGAGUCGUUAGAACAAGAAAGAGAAAGGAUUCAUUGUGCAAACAAAUCUCCAACCAAUUUACUUUGCAUUAAAAAUGAAUCUGAAGAUGUCGCUAAUGAAGAGGAGAAAAACAAAUUAAACGGAACAGGUGAUAAUAACGGGAAUACAAAUUGCUUAAAACUUACAAGAAACAAAUCAACUAUUGAUUCAACCUUGGAAGAUUUUUUAGAGAAAGAGGGAACAUCAGAAAAUCGAAAUAAUACAAAAAUAAAUGCAAGAGAAAUUGAGUUUAAUUUUGAUGUGUUUUUAAAUCCUAACCUCGAUCCUCUUACACAUACUCUUAUGCUAGGAAAUAAUUCUGUGUGCGAAGCUAUAGGAACAUCUCGAUUUAGUCGGUGGUUCGGAAAUAAAGUUGUAGUUAAUGACACACAAAUAUCGACAGGAAGUAACAACGUAGGAAACAACACAACACUUCUACCUGGAUUCGGUGAGAGUGAAAAUGAAACUAAUACUCUAAUGGAAUUUCUUAACAAACUGCCACACUUGCAGGAUUCUGGAAUAAGUCAGAAAGGUAUGUAUAUUUAUGUUAUACUAAUAUUUUUGAUCUAUUAAUUUUUUGCAGUUACAGCAAUAACUAGUGUAGGGGAACUAGAAGCACGCAUGCGUGAAGUAAACGUUGUGAACGAAAUUUCCUCCGGAACAGAAAAGGUUUGUCUAGAUAUAAAGAGAAAAGAGGACGAGGAGAGGGCACUUGAACUAAUUCUGCCUAUUAAUAACGAUCAGUUGACUACUGGACAGCCUAAAGCAGGUGAAGUUGAAGCGUUUAAGAAGUUGUUAGAACAAUUGGGAUCUGAAAAUAAACAAAUACAGCAGCAGCAUAAACAACUUCAACAGCAUGUACCUCCUAAUAUGCAAAUGAAUGUUUUGGUAUCUGAGCAAAAUCGCUCCGCUCCCAUUCCUCCUUUAAAUAUUGUGCACCCUGUAACAAUCCUACCGUCCACCCCACGUCCACAGCAAUUGCUUUUGAAAAAUGAAGAACUAAAUAAGAUAAUAAAUCCACAGGUCUUACGUCAGCAGCUCACAAAUAACACUGACGUUGCCAGUAUUUCGCAUUCCCAGCCCAUACAAUUACCAAUGUUCGGAAAUCAUUCUGAAAAACGGUUGGAGACACAAAAUCUCUAUCAACAUAUCCAACGUGGUGAAAUAUCAAUACGUUUCUUGGAACAAGAAUUGAGUAAUCCGAAUACGUCGCUACAAGCCAAAGAAGCUAUUGCAUCGGUUUUGAGUGAUUACUCCAAUAUAUCGCACAAUCAACAAAAUUCAAAAUCUGGACCAACUGGACAUCAGCAACAGCACUCUCCAAUACCCAUAUGCAACAGCAGUGGAAAGCUCAACCAAAAUUCAGGCCCAACAAAUCGCGAGCAGUUUCCUCAACAACAGCUAUUAACACAAAUUCCAAAUGCCAAAGAAAUAUUUUAAGAACAAACCGCCCAAGCUUUGCUUUACCAAAACGUGUCCUCAAAUCACCUCGUCAUUCAGCAACGAGAUUUAAAUUUUCACGCACAUACAAUAAAGCAAAGUUCAAGGAUGGAGAAAAAAAUUGAAGAGCAACAGUUGCAACCAGAUUCACACAAAAGACGACAAGAAAUACAAAAGCAAUCACAGUCUAACCAUAUACUGUUAGGGCAUAGUGAAUCGGAUAUUCAACAAAAAAGUAUUCUUCUUUCCAACAACAUGCAACAACCUUCGCAGCAGCAUAUUUCGCAUACCAUACACCAGCAACAGCGCCACAUAAAUUCCCCAACACCUUUGGCUUUUACACCAACAUCGGUGCUUCGCAAAAUGACGGCUGAGAAAGAUAAUGUAGUAAUACAACAGCAAAAUAAAGCGGUUACCCAAAAUGCAUAUACGAAUUUUCAAACAAACCAACAAAAUACACAGCAGCCUAUUACUACCCAACCACGAAUGAUACUUGGUGGCAACCAUUCACAGCAGCUUCAACAAAUGAGUUCCAGCAAUCAGUCUUUGACUCAGGCGCCUCAACAGCACCCUAUGCAGGCAAUGCGUAACUCCAUAGGACCAAUGAAAUGGCCGAUACACCUAGUAACUCAAAAUAUGCCUUCUACCAAACCGAUGGGAAGGCCUAUAUUAAAAGGCACAUUUCCUCCGCAAACCAGCAGCCAACAGAAUCCACCGCAGCAACAAAUGUCACAGAUCUCUCAAAUAAUGUUUAAUAAAUUAGAUUUUCAGCAAAUUCAACAGCAACAGCGGAUGAAAGCAACUCAGAGUUCACAGCAUGUCUUAAAUCAGCCGACAUCACCAUUCCAUCAGCAUUCACAACAAGCAUCAGGUCACACUACCAUCAUUUCGCAAGUACAUCAACAACAAUUAUAUCAGCAACAACGUGUUUUAGCCCUGCAAAGACAUCAACAACAACAAUAUCACCUCCAGCAACAAUUGCAGCAUCAACAACACCCAUCAAUAGAUGCACUCAAUCGUAAUAUUUGUAUACAAUCACCAAUGACAAGCGAUAAUACUAAUGUGACUAAUAAAGCUGUGGCUGCUGCUGCCGCUGCAGUAAGCAUUAUAAACUAUCAACGCGACGGUGGGUUAUCUCCAACUAGUAAUCAAUUGGCACAGUGGUUUUCUCCCGAAUUAUUAGCACAAGCGUCAGCUGGAAAACUUCCACUUCUAAAUAUGAAUCAAGCGUUAAGUCUAGAAGAAUUCGAAAGAAAUAUGCAACAUUCCUCAACAGUGCACAAUUAAUGUCAACAAUAACAUGGCAAAAUAUUUCAAAAAUUGUGCGUAUGUUAGGACACAUGUUAUUUUGAACCAUUUUGUUUGUAUGCCUGGCGUUAAUUAAGGUAACAAAUAUCUUCUAUGUGAAUUUAGUAUGAUGAUCAAUAAAAGAUUUGAAAAGUAUAGUUUUGUUAUAAAACUAGUGGUAAAUAAAUCUUCUGUAUGUAUUUAGUAUCAGGAAAAGUCAAUAAAAGAAUUCGAAAGUACAGUUUUGUUAUAAACAUAGAAGUAAAAAAAA